UUCCUUCAUUUUUUGGAAGUCGGCUGUCUUAAAAUCCAGAAUGCGUGUUUGACUUGUCUUAGUUUCAGCAUUCCUUUGUACUGCAAACUGCAAGAGCACAUGGCCACUUGGCCCUAAGGAUCCAACGACUUCAACUGUAUUGAUCAGGUCUUCCACAUUUGUUAAGAUUAGAUCAAGAGUUGCUGAUCCCCUUGUUGCCUCUUCUACUUUCUGGACCAUAAAAUUGUCUGCAAGGAAAGUGAGGAAUUUGUUGGACUUUGUACUCUUGGCUGAGUUUGUUUUCCAGCAGAUAUCGGGAUAAUUGAAAUCGCCCAUGACUACUAUAUCUCUUCUUUGUGCCUGUUUGGUCAGCUGUUGACAGAAGGCUUCAUCGAGUCCUUCAUCCUGACUUAGGAGCUCCUGCUGAACUAUGGUUGUUGCUGCUUUGCCCUUUUUGACUGCUUUGUCCUUUUUGGAAAUGGCCCCAGACUCAGAACCUGGACCCUUCCCUCUGCAGAGAAGGCCGUCCUGCGAAAGUAGAGAGGCCCCAGGGAGGGAGUGGCAGAAGAAGCUCCAGGCUGAAGUGGAGAAGGACCAGCAGGUGCAGAAAUGUGAGGCGGACUUGGGAGUUGAAAAGCUGCCCUCGGCUUAUACGUUGGUGCUUUCCUGCCAGGACCCUCACCUCUCUGCACAGCAGCCCAGCUCUCCUUCCUCUCCUCCUCUCUCGACGCAGUGCGCACCUUCCUCUCCUCCUCGGUGCUCGUCUUUUCCACUUUUUCUUACUCAUUUACAUACAGCAUUUCCCCCAAAAUGUAUACUGAAAAUAAACUAUGGUGAUUAUUGGAAGCACAUAUACAUUGAAGGAGGUUAGAAUAAUGAUUUAAUCAGAGUUGGGCAGUCUUAAAUCUUAAAUUCCAGUUGUAUGUAAAUAUUCAAAAACAUUUAACCUACUGAUGCCUCAAUAAUAUAAUUUUAUUGCUAUCUACCCCACCUUUCUCUACCCUGAAGGGACUCAUUGUUAAGAUACAACAUGAAGAUAAAAUAUUAAUUAAUGAUAUCAAUAUUCAACAGACUUUUAAACAUUAUUACAGUAAUUUAUAUAAGGCUGACCACAUAUCUCUAGAAGACAUUAAGAAUUAUUUAAUACAGCAAAAGAUGCCAAAAAUAAAUGAAACAUGAAAAAACAUGUCCACAGUUCACAGCCUGUUAUACCUGCAGCUUUGCUGCAUUGUUGAAUUUUAAUCUGUAGGAUUGGAUUUUAUUUUAUGAAGAGAGUCUAUGGGCAUCCUCCCCUUUGUACCUGAGGAGGGAUUGUUCGUUGUUGGGCAAGGGUUAAAGGAUUUGUCACCAGGCAAUGGGCACUUUCCCUCUUCCCCUGGGUUUGCUACAACACGAGACUUGUUCUUCAUGUUUCAUGAGAUCUUUCUCUGUUCAACUGCUGAAGUGAUUUUCCUCUCAUUUGUCUGGCAGGUAACUUCUGAACAAGUUACGCGAAGAACACCUUGUGAGAGCUUUGCCCGAGGAGUGAUCUAAGUCUAAAGUGACUUCAAAAUACACAGCAAUGACAAAAAGAAGAAAGAAGUAGUAGAAAAAUAUAUUUCAAGCUGCAUACCUAUGCAAUUAAGGGGAGGAAAUAAGAUUGUGCUGAAAAAAGAUAGGCUUGGAAAAGCAAGCAGAAGGCUACAGAAACACAGAUUGUGCUGUUUGAAAGGUUAUAUCUGUGAACCCCUGGCAUGAUAUUUGAAUUAUAAAUGUAAAAGAAUGGCAAGUCCUCUACCUCCCUAUCCUAGAUCACACACAGGGGAGAAGUUACAUCAGUGUGUGGAAUGUGGGAAACAAUUUGAUAGGAAACGUUCUCUUACUGUACAUGAACGGACCCACACAGGGGAGAAGCCCUAUAAAUGCAUGGAAUGUGGAGAAAGCUUCACUCACAGUGGCAGUCUACGUUCCCAUCAAAGGACCCAUACAGGGGAGAAGCCAUAUAAAUGCAUGGAAUGUGGAGGAAGCUUCAGUCACAGUAGCAAUCUACGUUCCCAUCAAAGGACCCACACAGGGGAGAAGCCAUAUAAAUGCAUGGAAUGUGGAAAGAGCUUCAGUCAGAGUGGCCAUCUACAUUCCCAUCAAAUGACCCACACAGGGGAGAAGCCACAUAAAUGCAUGGAAUGUGGAGAAAGCUUCAGUCACAGUGGCAGUCUACGUUCCCAUCAAAGGACCCAUACAGGGGAGAAGCCAUAUAAAUGCAUAGAAUGUGGAGAAAGCUUCAGUCACAGUGGAAGUCUACAUUCUCAUCAAAGGACCCACACAAGGGAGAAGCCAUAUAAAUGCAUGGAAUGUGGAAAGAGCUUCAGUCAGAGUUGCCAUCUGCGUACCCAUCAAAAGACCCACACAGGGGAGAAGCCACAUAAAUGCCUGGAAUGUGGAGAAAGCUUCAGUCACAGUGGAAGUCUACGUUCCCAUCAAAGGACCCACACAGGGGAGAAGCCAUAUAAAUGCAUGGAAUGUGGAAAGAGCUUCAGUCAGAGUUGCAGUCUGCGUACCCAUCAAAAGACCCACACAGGGGAGAAGCCACAUAAAUGCAUGGAAUGUGGGGAAAGCUUCAGUCACAGUGGCAGUCUACGUUCCCAUCAAAGGACCCACACAGGGGAUAAGCCAUAUAAAUGCAUGGAAUGUGGAAAGAGCUUCAGUCAGAGUUGCAGUCUGCGUACCCAUCAAAGGACCCACACAGGGGAGAAGCCACAUAAAUGCAUGGACUGUGGAAAAAGCUUCAGUCACAGGGGAAGUCUACAUUCCCAUCAAAGGACCCACACAGGGGAGAAGCCAUAUAAAUGCAUGGAAUGUGGAGAAAGCUUCAGUCAGAGUUGCAAUCUGCAUACCCAUCAAAAGACCCACACAGGGGAGAAGCCACAUAAAUGCAUGGAAUGUGGAGAAAGCUUCAGUCACAGUGGCAGUCUAUGUUCCCAUCAAAGGACCCACACAGGGGAGAAGCCAUAUAAAUGCAUGGAAUGUGGAGAAAGCUUCAGUCGCAGAGGCAGUCUACAUUCCCAUCAAAGGACACACACAGGGGAGAAGCCACAUAAAUGCAUGGAAUGUGGAGAAAGCUUCAGUCACAGUGGAAGGCUACGUUCCCAUCAAAGGACCCACACAGGGGAGAAGCCAUAUAAAUGCAUGGAAUGUGGAAAGAGCUUCAGUCAGAGUUGCAAUCUGCGUACCCAUCAAAGGACACACACAGGGGGAGAAGCCACAGAAAUGCAUAGAAUGUGAAGAAAGCUUCAGUCGCAGUGAUAAUCUACGUUCCCAUCAAGGGAUCCACACAGGAGAAAUCACCUUAAUGCACGGAAUAUGAAAAGUGCUUUAGAGAAAGUGAAGCAUACAUUAGACAUCACAGAACUCAUGCUCCGCUAGAGGGGACGAGCCUUUGAGUUUCUGCGCUGUCUCUAAAAAGCAUUGGAAGGAAAGAGGAAGGACAGCACCUUGCUCUCUCUCCUCCAGAACUGCAGUUUGUGUGGCCUUGGUUGACGGCUACUGGGAGCAGGUGUCACUCAGAAUGGCAGCAAGCUUCGAAGGGGUUCAUCUAACCUCCUCCCCAAGGAGACCCAUCACAGGCUUCUAGGGUGAUCUGUGAAAGUUUGCUGAAAUGAGCAGCAGUUGAGAUCUCUGGAUAAAAGGUUCUUUAAAAAAGAAAGCUCUUAGCAGGGGGUCCUGCUUCUUAGCAGGGGGUCCUGCUUCUUAGCAGGGGGUUGGACUAGAUGGCCCAUGUGGUCUCUUCCAACUCUACUAUUCUAUGAUUCUAUGAUUCUAUUUGGUUGCAGAUAACAUCAUAUCUUCAUACUCCUGUCACAUGUCUUGGCUCUACUGCAUUCAAUGGCAUCGAUUGUUUCCCAUGCAUGUGUACUGUAUGUACCGUGAUCCAUCCUGAGUCCAUUUGGGGGGAUAGGGCAGAAUAUAAAUAAAGUGUUACAGUAGAAACUCACUUAUCCAAGCCUCACUUAUCCAAGCUUCUGGAUAAUCCAAGCCAUUUUUGUAGUCAAUGUUUUCAAUAUAUCGUGAUAUUUUGGUGCUAAAUUCGUAAAUACAGUAAUUAUAACAUAACAUUACUGCAUAUUAAACUACUUUUUCUGUCAAAUUUGUUGUAUAACAUGAUGUUUUGGUGCUUAAUUUGUAAAAUCAUAAUCUAAUUUGAUGUUUAAUAGGCUUUUCCUUAAUCCCUCCUUAUUAUCCAAGAUAUUCGCUUAUCCAAGCUUCUGCCAGCCUGUUUAGCUUGGAUAAGUGAGACUCUACUGUAUUAUUAUUACUGCCCCUUGGUUAAAAUUUUGGGCUCUAGCCCUGUACCUUUCACCCUUUUCUGGACUUUGUUAUAUCCUGAAUUGUUGACUCUAAAUUCUGGACUGACGUCCUGGUUUCGUUUAUGGACUUGGACUUUGUAUCCCUGACUUUCUGGCUUGACUUUGGGACUCUAAAUUUGGUUGUACUGUUGAUUUCUUGAUUGUUAUUUGAUGAACUCUGCUGAAUGAACUCCUGGCAUGUGACGGUUGGACUGUAACCUUGGCCCUUGUUUAUUUUUGCUUUUGACCUGGAUCUGCAGUACUCAACUUGUCUGCAUUAAUUGGACUCUUGACCUGCCCUUGUGUUCAUUGUUCCUUUGACUGUGUUGCUGCAAUUGUAUUAUUUUAGCCCAGUGGUCCCAAACCUUUUUAAAACUAGGGAUCAGUUGACCAGGGACCACUUUGAUCAGAGACCACUCUCCAACAUUAGUACCAAAAGGGUUACGAAUCAGUUUUUCGUCAACUUUAGAUAUGGUUUUGUUAUUUGGGGUGAUGAUUAAGAAAAUCGCAUUGAAUAGACCACAUCAGCUCUAGUUCCUGAUACAGAACAUAUGCCACCCAGUAGUCGCCAUCUGCUUGCCCACAGAAAACCAUAUUUAAUAAGCCUCGGCAUUAUAAGUGAGUUUCGCGAGGCCAGUCGCUCUCGUUGCAAUGGUGUAGUAACGGUGAGGCCGUGGACCCUGUUUUAGUUCUUGCAGACCACUGGUGUUUUACGGACCACAAGUUGGGAACCACUGUUUUAGCCAGACUGAAGACUUUAGUUUUCUUAUAAGUUAAUAGGGUCUUGGGUUAUCUUGUGUUUGUUUAAUAAACCUCAGACUUUGUACCAAGAAAGCCCUGGAACAUCACUCUUCAUGUUGCUUACAAUGAUCCAGUUUUGAUAUUUGGGAUUGUUUAAUCACCACCUUUGGCAAAGGGUCCAUUAGGAUACACAACACAUUUCCCUAACUGCAGGGAAUGGAAGGCAAAGACUGAUGACGACAGAUGAUGAAGAUUCAUAAAUCAGUUCAGAUGGACAAAUUAAUUAAAUUGAUGAAGUAUAGAGUAUGGAACAGUAUUGAAAGGAAAUAGAGUAAACAGAUAAACAUAUUGUGAGUGACAGGUUUCUAGACUAGGGUUUGGUGUCGGUUAGUUUUGUUCUUAUUGUGCAAGGUGUGUGUCUUUGUUUCCUUUAUAUUUGUUAAGUAGUCCUUUAAAAUUUGAUUUGUUUUUCUUUUUUGUGUUUGAAUAAAAAAAAAUUUUUAUUAUAAAGUGUGAUACAGCAGCUUUAAAAAAUCAAUGUGAUUCUUGGCUGUACCAAUGGGAGCACAAUGUCUAGAUCUGGGUAAGUUUUAGUCGGCUCUCUUCUAUACUUAGAUCAGACCUGCCCUGGGAUAACCCUGUGUCCAGCUCUGAGCAGCACAAUUCAAGCAAGAUUUUGAGAUGCUAGAAUGUCUCCAGAGAAGAGCUAUAGGGAAUGGCUGAGGGAGAUGGGUGUGUUUAGUUCGGAAGGAAAAAAAGGCUGAGGGGACAAGAGAGCUAAUAUUUGGAAGGAUGUCCCUUUGAGGAGAAAAGGGCAAGUAUUUCCUGCUGCUCUGGAAAUUGAAAUAUAAAGCAACUGAUUUACAUUGGGGGAAAGAAGCUUCCACCUAAACAUUGGGAAGCAUUUCCUGAUGGUAAGAGCUGUUUAGCUAUGGAAACCUUGUCCCUUCCCAGGAGCCUCCCUUCCCAAGCCCUGGCCUUCCACCUCCUGGGGACUCCAUGUCCCAGAAUCCCUGAUCUUGGGCCAAGGCAGCUGGGGCUUCUGGGUGUUUGGGAAUCCCUGCUGCAGAGAGUGAAGGGAAUGUCUGUCUUGGACUACAACUCCCUUCACCCCUGCAGAAUGUCCUGGCAUGAGGGUUGGAGGACCCUGGGAGUUGUAGUCCAAGAUAAAUAUAUCUCCCAAGUCCUUGCAAUUAAAAGCAUGUGUUUGUGUGAAUCCAUGCAAACAAGGAUUUAGAAAGAAACAAGGGAAAUGUGCCUUGAUUAUCUCCCACCGCUUUAACAUUUACUGGUCACUUCUGAUGGCAGAGGUUGAUCAGGUAUAUAUUAAUCCAAUGUCCAAAAUGCAAUAAAGAUUCCUGUGUGAUUACA